GAAAAUAAUAGUUUAGUGACAGAUAACAACAACUUUCACCUCUGACAAAUUGUGAAAAAUAUGAGAAAAUACUUAUUCCCCAGAACAAUUCAACUUCUCACUUCAUAUCAGAUUAUUUGUCUUCUGUCAAUUUGUAUACAAGCAUCAAAUCGCUGCAUGACACUUGUAAACAACGAUGGUCUACCAGUGCUGAUGUGUGAUCAUGCGAGACUCAAAACAGAUUCACAGAUUGACCCCUCAAGUUAUAACGGACAAAAUGAGUUGAUCCUAGAGUCGCUUGAUGAUAAUGAACGAUUUCGACAACCACAGUUCGAUGACUCAAAUAUACCAGAUAAGCGGGCGUUUGUUCGCUUGGGAAAGAGAGGAUUCGUUCGAAUUGGCAAGCGUGGAUUUGUACGGAUCGGGCGAUAGUAGACCGUUUCAUAAUAUAUGUGAUGACAGAGAAAAAGUUUCAGAUUGGAAACAUUCUAAUAACUCAAUUAACCAACAAUUUUUUUCUCGAGAAUAAAUCCAAAAACACUCUGUGUAAAUUUUACACUACUGAUAAGAGAUUAACAAUCACACAAGUUUAUUCACAGUGAGGAAGUAAUAAAAUAUUUUGUUCGUAAAA